AGCUCUGAGUGUGAACUGAGCCUCUCAGGUUAUUUUGGGGGUCAGCUGUCGUUUGUCCCGUCAGCAUGACCCUCCUCCUCCUCCUCCUCUUCCUCCUCCUCCUCUUUCCUUCCUCUGCCUUGCUCUGUCUCUUCUUCACCUCCUCUCCUUUACUCCACUGAUCCUGAACACUGAGGAUGGAGACGUCGGUGAAAACAGCAAAGGUGCUGGUGCCCCCCCAGCCUGACGUGGCUUCCUUGAACAACGAGAACACAGAAGGCGAGGCGGCGAGGCCUGCUGCCCGCGGCUCCUCCUCUGACCUCUGUGACCCCAUGCUGGAGUUCAGCAGACGGCUGGAGGACAUCCUCAGCACCCACGGCUCAGCAGCCAGCCUCCUGGACAAACAGAGUGUGGUAGAGGCAGAGAUGGAGAAGAUGAAGGAGGAGGCAAAAGAUGACGUCACAGUUACCACGGAGACAGACGUCUCUCUUGUCAUGCAGAGUCUGAAGAACCUGAAACUGGAAGAUGUGAUGAGGAAAUAUGCUGAGCUGGCGGCCCUGCGGUGCUGUGAUGAGAAGAAGCUGUGUGUUCUGCAGCAGAAGUUGUCCGUCCUGCUGGAGGACAGGCAGCAGCUGCAGGCCGAGCGUCGCAGCAGCGUCGCAGCUCGCAGCAAACUGGAGAGUCUGUGCUGGGAGCUGCAGUCUCACUACAGCACACUGAGGGAGGAGACCCUCCAGCGCUGCAGGGAGGAUGAGGAGAAGAGGAAGGAGAUCACCAGCCACUUCCAGAAGACGCUGACAGAAAUCCAGGCUCAGAUCGAGCAGCACAGCACCCGGAACGACAAGCUGUGCAGUGAAAACGCCAACCUGACCGACAAACUGGAGAGCCUCAUGAACCAGUGUGAGCUGAGGGAGGAGAGUUUGGAGAAGAUCAACAAGCACCGCGACCUGCAACACAAACUGACUGAAGCCAAACUGCAGCAGGCCAACGCUCUGCUGGCUGAGGCCGAGGAGAAACACAAGAGAGAGAAGGAAUAUUUACUGAUUCAGGCUGCUGAGUGGAAACUGCAGGCUCAGACACUCAGAGAGCAGGGGACUGUCAUGCAGGCGCAGCUGACCCUCUAUGCCCAGAAGUUCGAUGAGUUUCAGGCGACACUGGCCAAAAGCAAUGAAAUCUACGUCCGCUUUAAAAAGGAGAUGGAUAAUAUGUCAGCCAAGAUGAAGAAAGUGGAGAAAGAGUCGAACCUGUGGAAGACAAGGUUUGAAAACUGCAACAAGGCUUUGACUGACAUGAUUGAAGAGAGAACAGAGAAAGGCAGAGAGUACGAACUGUUUGUCCUGAAGAUUCAUAAGCUGGAGAAGCUGUGUCAUGUCCUGCAGGAUGAGAGGAAAAUCCUCUAUGCCAAGAUCAAAGAAGUUCGCCGAACUAACUCAAUCGUCCCAUUAAACGUCUUCGGCAGCUCUGACUUCUGUGAUGUCCCUGGCUCAGAGGAUGCUGACAAAUCUGCCCCCCUGAAGCCUGUGGAGGUCCAGGAGCUGGAGAAAGAGGACCCGGUCCUGACAGAGGACAUGGCUCGUCUAAGGGAGGAGCAGGCCAGGCUGCAGGAGUUCGCCGAUUCCCUUUUGACCACACCUGUCGAUGACGAUGACGAAGACAACAAUGGUGACGCAGACCUCGAAGAAGACGCGGUGGCUUCUGCGUUUGUCCACUUCAAAGCCGGACCUCAGGUCAAGAAGGAGCCUGUUUCAGUCCCUGAGCAGGUGGUAGGUGUAAAAUCAGAGGUGGCAGAAACCGAUCUCCCACAGCCAGAUAAAGUUGAGGAGGUUCAAAAGCCAGAAGCUCCCAAAACUGAGGAGAAGACUUCUGAAAUGAUACCAGCAGACCCACAACCAGAAGCAGUAAAAGUCCAAACACAAGCUGAGGUCAAAGAGGUGCAACAGGUCAAAGCAGAGGGAGGGAUCCAGCAGCUGCCUUCUGAACAGGAACCAACACCAAAAGCAGAGAAAGUUGAGAUUGAUCCACCGACUGAAAUCUUGAAGGAGCCUAGUGAGGUCAAACCAGUGGUCCCAGCAGAAGAUGAGAAGUUCAAGCAGCAGCAGCAGCAGCCGGCUGAACCAGUGCAGGCAUCUGAAGAAGCACCAGAAACCUCAGCUCCACCCUCUGAAAACACACCAAAAACAGCUGAACCCUCCAAUGCCGACUCCUUAAAGAAGCAGGCACCAAAGAAAAAGAAGAAGAAGGGCGGCAAGAAUUCCAGCUAAAGUUUAGGCUAUGCAGGUGUGUGUGUGUGUGUGGUGUUAUUUUGGGAUAGUGUGUGUGGGUAACUGAAAUUAUUUGGUGCCUUAGCGCCUUUUGUAAAGGUUCAAAUCUUUAGUUUGUCCCAACUGGUGUAGUGGAUGUGUUCUCCCACCAUUUUCUGAAGUUUCAGUAUCACCAGAUGAGGACAGACAAAUAAACUGACUGUAUUUUACAGUUUCAUUGUCUGAAUAAAGACUUAGUUUGGCCUGUCUGGUGGGGGUUGAAAGGUCAUACUGACAGGAAUGUUCAGCACUAACAAAACUGCCUUAAAGAGUAGGCCUAAAUGUUUUUGUCCCAUGUCAAGAAAAAUGUCAAAACAAAAUCAUAAGCUGGUAUCUAUGCCAAUCAACAGGCUGUGUCUCUUUUAAACUAAAAAUCACAAAGCAUUACCAAAACUCCAAUAAAGUGAUUCUUUGACAAUUUGA